UGCUUGUCGGAGGCUCGCCGCUCGCUGUGAGGGGAGGAAGUCUGGAAGGGGCAAAGGCGCGAUUACGCUCCGCCAGCUGGCCGCGAGUCCCUCAGUCACGGGGGACGUGGUGGUUUAUUUCUGUAAUAAAAAGGCGAAUAAUUAGAAUUGUUCCAGAAGUGGCGGCUCCCUGGGAGCUAUUAAUUUCAAUAAAGAAUCCAAAUUGUUGUGCCGCGACAGUGUCGGAAGCUUGUGAAGCGGUGAGAGGCGCGGAGUUGCAGGAACUCGGUCCAAGCCAAGGCAAGAUGGAGGACAGGAGGACGAGACGUUUCCUAAAAAUGGACUUCGGGCUGCGGUCUUCUGAAACGGGCCUCUUUGCUGGCAGGCAUAUGAAGAGUCAAAGUCCUUACUAAGUAGAAGUGGUACGGAAGAUGUUAAAGAAAUGAUAGCAGCACCAGAAUUGCAAACAGAUUUUCAUUUUCCUCAGGAAACUGACACACACUUCUCCUCCGACACUGACUUUGAAGAGCCCGAUGGGAAGAAUGCAAACCCUGGAAAAGGAAAGAGCACCAAGAAGGGGAAGAAAGGCCCUGGUGAGAAGGGCAAAGGUGGGGUCAAGGGUGGUGGUACCGGGCGAAUCAAUGGCCACCACCAGGAGAACGGCAUGGAGAACAUGAUGCUGUUUGAGGUGGUCAAGCUGGGGAAGAGCGCCAUGCAGUCCGUCGUUGACGACUGGAUUGAGUCCUACAAGCACGACCGAGAUACAGCACUCCUCGACCUGAUCAACUUCUUCAUCCAGUGCUCAGGAUGUAAAGGUGUUGUUACUGGAGAGAUGUUCCGACACAUGCAGAACUCUGAAAUCAUCAGAAAGAUGACGGAGGAGUUUGAUGAGGACAGUGGUGACUACCCACUGACCAUGGCAGGGCCACAGUGGAAGAAAUUCAAAUCGAGUUUCUGCGAGUUCAUCGGGGUCCUGGUUCGACAGUGCCAGUACAGCAUCAUCUACGAUGAGUACAUGAUGGACACGGUCAUUUCGCUGCUGACGGGGCUGUCUGACUCCCAGGUCCGGGCCUUCCGGCACACCAGCACACUAGCAGCCAUGAAAUUGAUGACAGCCCUGGUGAAUGUGGCGCUCAACCUCAGCAUCAACAUGGACAACACACAGAGGCAGUAUGAGGCCGAGCGGAAUAAGAUCAUUGGCAAGAGAGCCAACGACCGGCUCGAGCUGCUCCUGCAGAAACGUAAAGAGCUUCAAGAAAACCAAGAUGAGAUUGAAAACAUGAUGAACGCCAUAUUCAAAGGUGUUUUUGUUCACAGAUAUCGCGAUGCAAUAGCAGAAAUCCGUGCCGUCUGCAUCGAGGAGAUCGGAGUGUGGAUGAAAAUGUACAGCGACGCAUUCCUCAACGACAGCUACCUGAAGUACGUGGGGUGGACAAUGCACGACAAGCAAGGCGAGGUGAGGCUCAAGUGCCUGACCGCUCUGCAAGGCUUGUACUACAACCGGGAGCUGAACAACAAGCUGGAGCUCUUCACCAGCCGCUUCAAGGAUCGCAUUGUGUCGAUGACACUGGACAAGGAGUAUGAUGUUGCAGUGCAAGCAAUAAAACUCCUUACUCUUGUACUACAAAGCAGCGACGAGGUGCUCACUGCUGAGGACUGCGAGAGUGUGUACCACCUGGUCUACUCGGCCCACCGGCCGGUCGCUGUCGCGGCGGGAGAAUUCCUCUUCAAAAAGCUCUUCAGCCACAGGGAUUCUGAGGAGGACACCAUGCCGAAGAGGAGGGGGAGGCAGAGUCCCAAUGCUAACCUCAUCAAGACCACUGUCUUUUUCUUUCUGGAAAGCGAGCUCCACGAGCAUGCGGCGUACUUGGUCGACAGCAUGUGGGAGUGCGCCUCGGAUCUGCUCAAGGAUUGGGAGUGCAUGAUUAGCCUGUUGCUCGACGAGCCCUUGCCGGGCGAGGAAGCACUGAGUGACCGGCAGGAGACGGCUCUCAUCGAGAUCAUGCUGUGCACCAUUCGCCAGGCUUCCGAGUGUCACCCACCCGUGGGCAGAGGAACGGGGAAGAGGGUGUUGACAGCAAAGGAAAAAAAAACCCAGCUUGAUGAUCGCACGAGAAUGACGGAGCUCUUCGCCGUGGCGUUACCUUCGCUGCUUGCCAAGUACUCUGUAGAUGCUGAGAAGGUUACCAAUCUUCUGCAGCUCCCACAGUUCUUUGAUCUGGAAAUCUACACCACAGGGCGACUAGAGAAGCACUUGGGGGCUUUGUUACGGCAAAUUGGGGAAAUAGUGGCGAAACACACGGACACCGAAGUCUUAGAGACGUGUUCCAAGACAUAUCACGCCCUGUGCAACGAGGAGUUCACCAUCUUCAACAGGGUGAACAUUGCUCGCAGCCAGCUGUUGGACGAGCAGGUGGACAAAUUCAACCGCCUGCUGGAGGACUUCUUGCAGGAGGGAGACGAACUUGACGAGGAUGAUGCCUACCAGGUCUUAUCGACACUUAAAAGGAUCACCGCUUUCCAUAAUGCACAUGACCUCUCCAAAUGGGAUCUGUUCACCAGCAACUUUAAGUUACUGAAUGCGGGCAUUGAGAACGGCGACAUGCCGGAGCAGAUUGUCAUCCACGCUUUGCAGUGCACUCAUUAUGUCAUCCUGUGGAGCUUGGCCAAGGUCUCCGAAGGCAGUUCUAAAAAGGAGGAUAUGCUCACUCUGAAGAGGCAGAUGAGGGCCUUCUGUUUGAUGUGCCAGCGCUACCUUACAAACGUGAACACGGCUGUCAAAGAGCAGGCCUUCACCAUUCUUUGCGACAUACUUCUAAUCUUCAGUCACCAGAUCGUGUCCGGAGGACGUGAAGUGCUUGAACCUCUUGUCUACUCGCCAGAACCCUCCUUGCAGUCAGAGCUGCUGAGCUUCAUCCUGGACCAUGUGUUUAUUGACCAGGAUGACGAUGGCAACAGCACAGAUGGUCAGCAAGAUGAUGAAGCGGGAAAAAUUGAAGCUUUGCAUAAAAGACGAAACCUGCUGGCAGCCUACUGUAAAUUAAUUAUUUAUAACGUGGUGGAGAUGAAAACUGGUGCGGACAUAUUUAAGCAAUACAUGAGGUAUUACAACGAUUAUGGCGAUAUCAUCAAGGAAACUAUGAGCAAAACGAGGCAGAUUGAUAAAAUCCAGUGUGCAAAAACCCUUAUCUUAAGUUUGCAACAGCUAUUCAACGAAAUGCUUUCAGACCUUGGGUACAACUUUGACCGCUCAUCCUCAGCCUUCUGCGGCAUUAAGGAGCUUGCCCGUCGCUUCUCGCUCACCUUCGGCUUGGAUCAGCUGAAGACCAGAGAAGCUAUUGCUAUGUUACACAAGGAUGGUAUCGAGUUUGCGUUCAAGGAGCCCAGUCCUCAAGGAGAAGGCCAUCCUCCUGUCAAUCUAGCAUUUCUGGACAUUUUAAGCGAGUUCUCCUCCAAGCUGAUGAGGCAGGACAAGCGGACUGUGCACAUGUACCUGGAGAGGUUCAUGACCUUCCAGAUGGCCCUGCAGCGGGAGGACUGCUGGCUCCCCCUCAUCUCCUACCGGAACUCCCUGCAGGCAGGAGGAGACGACGACACCAUGUCUGUCAUUAGUGGCAUCAGCAGCCGCGGCUCUACUGCACGCAGCAAGAAGGCCAAGCCAGCCAAUGCCAAGCGGAAACUGGCCGAAGCUGAAGAAAGCAGCAGCAGCAGUGAUGGCGUGUGGAUGAACCGGGAGCAGGCAAUGCAGACACCCGUCAUGAUGCCCUCACCCCACCUCACUUCAACUGUGAUGAGGGAUCCCAAGAGGCUACGACCUGAGGAGAGCUACAUGGGGGUGUACGGCAUGCCCCCAGAGCAGCAGCAGCCGCCACAGCCUCAGCAUGCCCAACCCCAAACCCCUCAGCCGCACCAUCCACAGACACCCAUGGACUACAACACGCAGGUCACCUGGAUGCUGGCCCAGAGGCAGGAGGAGGUCCGGCAGCAGCAGGAGCGCGCCGCCAUGAACUACGCCAAGCUCCGAAGCAACUUGCAACACGCCAUUCGCCGCAGCACUGGACUUAUGGAGGAUGACGAAGAGCCCAUCGUUGAAGAUGUGAUGAUGUCAUCUGAAGGGCGAAUUGAGGACCUCAACGAAGGCAUGGACUUUGACACCAUGGAUAUUGAUCUGCCUCCAUCAAAAAAUCGUCGGGAGCGAUCGGAGCUCAAGCCGGACUUUUUUGAUCCUGCUUCUAUCAUGGAUGAGUCUGUCCUUGGUGUUUCAAUGUUCUAAGCUAAAAUUGGAGGAUACAGGAAGACAGUUUUGUUUGUGAAAGUAAACCUCUAGAUGCUGUGCAGAUAUUCUCUGUAGAGAAUCUCUCACAUUUCAUGGACUCCAACGGCAUCCAGAGGCAGCAUUUGUUGUUCUAAAACAACUUGUUAAAACUACUAAAAUACUUGCAAUCAUUGGGUAAGCUUUCCCUGUAGUUACACAUUGGCUGACUUUUGAAAGUGGAAUAUGACUUUGUAGCCAUAUAUGAAAUCUGUUUUAAAGUGAGGGAAAUGUGAUGUGGUGUGAAGGCAUUGUUCAUUUUAUUCCUGGGAUCUCAGAAUUGUGGUGGUAUUUUCUAAAAAAGAAAAAAAAAAAAAAAAAAAA